CGACAUUGUCGAGCGCACUCUCUCUCAAAGUUAACCUCUGCCCGCGUCGCCCCCCCCGCCGCGCACCCCUCGCCGUCGCCGUCGACUCCGAGUGCACCUCAUCAACCCCUCGCGUAUCACAAAGUUGUGCGCGCCCAACUGCCCUCUCCCAGUGCCUCUCCUCGUCCUGGCGUGACGUCGACAAGAGUGCAUACUCCACACUCUACUGCCCGCCCACGAUCUCUGCGCGUGCCCCCGACCAGAAGGAAAGCAGGGGAAAGUGUAGCGAGUGGCAAGCUUCACCACCAGCAUAGCAACGGGUCGAAACAAGCUCGCGGCUGCACCACGGCAAGCACACCUCGUCGAGUCACAUAAGCAAGCAGGUGCAAGCAGCUGCUGCCCAUCGCCACCGCUCUUGACGUUGUCACCCAACUCGAUCUCGACGCGUACAAAGCGUUCAAGAAAGUGACGGCACCGCACCGACUUUCCUCCACCCAGCGCACAGCCUUUUUCGACGCGCCGCCGCCCGCCGCCCCUGCCGCUGCAAUGUCGUCAACAACAGCUUAUGGCAUCCGCGUCCCGCCAGUCCGCACCACCUCGUCCUCGACAACCUCGACUGCCUACUCUGGCACUUACGCGUCGUCGCGCGCCAGCUCCACCACCGUGCCCUCCACCGUGCCUUCGAGCCGGACGUCACCGAAGCGUGCACAGCCCGCGGCCCUGCCUCCGAGAAAGAGCAGUGCAACUUCGUCGGCAGCUGCCGGGCUGGCUUCGGCUUCUGUGCGCAGCGGGUCGAGCAACAACAAUGACACGGACGACCUCGACAAGUGGGGCUACCUCUACUCUUUGCGUGUCGCAGAGACUGGAGCGACGACGUCGUCGACGACGAUAACAACGUACUCUCCACUCCACCGCGCACUCCAUUGCUCGCAAUCACAUGAGCGCAAAUUGCUGACACCGGGUAACAGCCUUUUGAUGCAGAGGUUGGCAUCGCCCCCACCAUCUCCUCACAUCGCCCCUUCGCCACAGUCACCCGACAACCACCGGCUCAGCAGCGCGCCGGCGGGCUCCAGGAUGACGUUCAACUCUGUCCGCUCAGCCGAGUCGUUUGGAGACGACCACUCGAUCAUGAACAAGGACACGGCGCUCAAGAAGCGCAAGUCGGGCCUCGGGCUUCGGUUGGGCAGGAAGGACGCCGACCUCAAGUUCCCCAAGGAGUUCCUCCUCGAGUUUUGGGGUGUCCUCGCCGCAGACGGUGGCGACACGGGAUGGAUCCAGGCAGUUCGGGGCUUCCUCGCGCUUGUCAAGAAGCAUGGCUACAAGACGGGCGCUGGCGCCAACAUGCGCGAAGUGGGCACGUUCCUCGACACCUUCUCGACAUGCCUCCCGCCACCAGGCCCGCACUCGGCCCCACUCCACUCUCACCAGAUGCACCUCCUCACCCUGCUCUACAACUCUCUCCCAACGUCCUCGUACUUUAGCGGCAGCCUUUCGGAGAAGGAGCGCGACCAUCUCUUCAGACUUCGGUCCGAGAUCCAGAGCUUCAUGAGAGACCCCGAGCCCACAGACCCAGCGGCGGCGUUCACCCCGUCUCUGAUGAAGAACGGCCUGAAUGCAAAGGCCAACGGGCUGGGCAUUGGUACGCCAGGACUUGCUACACCAGGCGACCCCUCGGCUUCGAUCAAGCGCAAGCCUAGCCCUCAGUGGCCGGGAGGCACGCCGGGAACCCAGACGCUCGGAUCCAUGGUCGAGACGGUCGGAUCGAUCUGGGGUAUUCACCACGAAGUGCUCGACCGCGAUGUGGCAGAGACCAAGCGCGACGGAGAGGUCGAAAAGCUCUACCUCACCGACCUCAAGGCGCGUCUCACCGCGCUCUCUCGAAUGCCGCACCUCACCCCCGCGCAAAAGGCCAGACACAUCUCGCUGUCGUCCAACCUCAGCGGUCUUCUUGCGUCGUUCCCCGAGCUCGCCGCACCCGCCUCCCCAGGCGCAAUGGCCAAGCCGGAUCCCGGAGACUACUUUACUCCUCCGCGCAAGAACGCCGUGUUUGCGCGCAUGUCCAGACGAGCGGCAGACCUCGCGAGCCCGAAAUCAAACGAGCUCGUUGUCCAGUGCAUGGAGGUGUGGGAAGUCGACAACCCCGCGGAGAAGGAGCGCGAGGUGGAGCACCUUGUUCAGCUCUGGACGCAGGCCCUGGACACGCCGGCCGAGAUUGAGCGCGGCCAGGCGCUGAUCACGGCGGUGGCCGACUUUUGCGACACUGUGCCGGCUGACAACCUCACCGGCGUGCUUGCAAAGCUCCACUCGACGCUGAUCACCGAGCUGUCCUCGGCACUCGGUGGUAUCUUCCCGACGACUUCUCUUCCACCGCCAGCGCCGCUCCCCUCAGUCCUUCCUCUCCUCGCCUCAGCACCCGAGCACUUUAUCCGCGCCCACAAGUCGCAUGAGGCGCUCGAGAAUGCCAGCAACGAGCUCAUCGGCGCCGCGGUCGGUGAGUACGUGGCUGCCGCCUCAGAGAUGAUGGGCGGUGUGCACUCGGCUCAGGUUGGCCUGCGUACCGGUGUCAGCGGCAAGGACGCCGUCGUCGAGGGCUUUGAGCGCGUUGCGCUGUGGAUCGAGAAGGAGAUCAAGAAUGUCCUCAAGGUCUGGGGCAAGGGCCUCGACCCAUACUUCAACCCCGCUGGCCUUAUUCUCAGCAAGCAACUGCCCCUAUUCCUGGCCGAGCUGCAGGUACUCGAGACGGCUGGCGGUGCGGCUUCGGACGUGUUUGUCCUGUACGAGGUUACAGACCGCCUCCUGCGUAUGUGGGAUGAUCUUUGCCCUGGCACCGAGCACCACUUCGACAUUGAUCAAUUCUUCGAGCCCCACGUCCUCACAUGGCUGCGCGAGACUGAGGUCAACGAGACACACCAGUGGGUCUCGCGCGCCGUCGGCAUGGACCGCUGGAUUCCCGAAGGCGAGGGUCGCUACUCUCAAAGCGUCACCGACUUGUUCGAGCUCAUCCGCGGAUCGUCAGCGGUUGUUCUCAACGACCUGCCUCUGAGCGACUACAAACGUGCAGUGUACCUCAUCGACCUGUCCAAGACUGCCGGCGUCGCGCUUACCGAGUAUGCGACGGCAGUGCAGGCGCUGUUCACUGCCGAGGUUGCUCCACCCAAGCCUGCCGCCAAGGAAGCCAGCAGCGUCCCUCAAACUCAAGUUGCGAGCAAGGCUAGCACUUGGCUUGCCAAGGGACGACAUGCCGUGCAGAAGCUCGACCGUCAAAUUGACCGCGGUCUGGACCGGAAGAAGGCAGACGCGUACAUCAUUCCAGGCUCGGCAUGCGUCAAGCUCACCGACAUGAAGGCAUCACGUUCACUUCUCGAGGAUCUCGCAUACACAUUGGAAGCGGACGAGACGGCGCGCAUCGUCAAGGAGAAGGGGCUGCAGGGCGUCAGCACCCAGCCUGCACGCCACUGCUUCGUCAUCAGCGUCAUUCGCGGCCAGAACCUGCUCACCAAGUCGUCCACCAAGGCUGCUGACGCGUUCGUCGCGGUCGUGGACAGGGACACGGGCGAGCGUUUGUUCAAGUCGCGUACAGUGCUCGAGACCGAGGACCCCAAAUGGGAGCAGAGCUUUGAGAUUUCGGUCGGCGCUCGCAAGACCCUUGAGCUUGUGGCCUAUGACCGCCAGUUUGUCGGCAAGCACGACGCCAUUGGAAGCAGAGUGUUCAAGCUCGACCCGCAAGUGUUUGCCGAUAUCCCGGAGCGCGACGUUGUCCUGCCGCUCUCGCCCCGUGGUGUUGUGCGCCUGCGCAUCAGCAUGGAUGCGGGCGAGAAGCACGAUGUCAACUACCACCUUUCUUCGGCUGCGCGUGCACUCGACCGCACGGCUUCGGACAUGACGCACGAGAUUGUGGACCGUAUGGGCGCGUUCCUCUCCGAGCAGCUGUCCACCAGCACGCUCAAGCACGUCACGGCGCCUCUGAGGGACAAGAAGGCGCGCAAGUAUGCUCUGGACGAGAGCGACAUUACGCAGUCGCUCGCCCCCGUCUACGACUACCUCGACGAGAACUUUUCGGUCUUUACGGCCAACUUUACGAAGGAUACGCGCCUGCAGGUCAUGCUCGUGAUCUGGCGGCGGAUCAUCGACAUUCUCAUUUCGCUGCUCGUCCCACCACUUGCAUCGAAGGAGUCGACACGGACGCCGCUCGGCCCAACCGAGGUUGACAUUGUCUUCAAGUGGCUCAACGAGCUCAAGGCGUUCUUCAACGCGUCGGAAGGCGGCAUCGAGCACGGCAUCCCACUGUCCCAGCUCCAAUCAGAGGCGUACAAGGACAUUGUGAUGGUCGGACAGUACCUCGACCUGCCUACACCCCAGUUGAAGGAGCGCGCUGCCGCGGCUGUCAAGGCUGCGUCGUCUAUUGUCGCAAGCCCCGUGACGGCGAUGCGCAACCUCAACCUCGGUACCAACGGUGCAGCGUCUGCUUCGGCCCGCAGCCGCGUCGAUGACGACAACCAGCGUAUGGCCGAGGUUCUGCUGCGUAUCGUGCGCAUGCGCCCCGACACGGGCAUCUUCCUCGAGCAGCAGGUGGCUGCGCUGAUCAAGGGACGGGUGGAGCGCCAGGCCGGCGUUCUGUAAAUGGAUACUUGGGAGACAUACACACGAGAUAGAAGGGGAUUGUGGGAAGAAGAAGAAGCAGAUACUUGUGAUCUUGUACUUGUACGCAUGUGACGGUAUGGACG